GCUGUGGGUUCUCUUCUACCUGUUUUCCUGAGAAGCAGGCCACCCUCACCUCAGGCCUGCGAACUUGCUAGGAAUUAGGAACCCAAGAAAGAAGUCCUCAUGCUCAUCAAACCUGUCGGAGAGGCAUGUGGACAGGUACUGAAGAGCUUCUCUGGAAGAAGUAUUCGCAAUCCUGUAAAGUUGAGGAGAUCCAGAAAGUAAUUAUGGACCUAAUGGAUGAAUUUAAAGAUGAUUUUCCACAUACUCUGGGAUUAUCACAGGCUAAUCAGAAAGAAGAGCCUGCGCAGAAAACAUCCAAAAUCAGGCGGGCUGCGUCAGCCAGCAGCCCCCCGGGCCCGGGACUGCUGGGCCUGGCACUGAGCAGCCUGUCCUGGGGCUGCAGGGCCCUGGCCGGGCUGCUGCGGCCGUGGCUGGUGGGGAGAUUGGCAGAGCUGCGCGCCGGGUCCCACCGCUGCCUGCACCAGCUCCUCGGGCCCCCAAAGGGCCCCUCGCAGGCCAGAAAGAGUUCUUUGUUUGAAAUCAUUUCUUUUCCAGCAAUGACUGUUUUGACUGGCAUGAUGUACACCUCAUAUGCAGCACUCAUCUAUUUGGCAAUCUGCGCUAAUGCUGUGCUGGAGAAGGCGAGGAGCAUAUGUGAAGAGGAAGAAGUCAUGAGGCAAAACAGAGAAAGCGAACAUUCUAGAAAAGCCUUUUCAGAGCCUGUGCUCUCGGAGCCCAUGUUCCCUGAAGGUGAAAUCAAAGCAAAGCCUUACAGGUCACUGCCAGAGAAGCCAGGCAUUUCCUAUCACCCUGAGCUUCCUGGUAAUAAGCAGAAUAACAAGAUCCAGGUUUUACACUCGGUGUUCGACCAGUCAGCUGAAACAAAUGAGCAAACAUGAACACAAUAGCCCUGGACAGAGCUUAGGAGGUGCGUUAUCCAAUGACACAUUUCAUCUGAAAAAGCUCCGAGUUCAAUAUACAUAUAUGU